AUGUCGGAUGGUCACGCACCGGUAACCUGGUCUUCUCUACCACGAAAGGACCAGCUCUUCCUUUUGUUCAUGAUCCGCUUCAGUGAACCUGUCGUCAGGAUUUCCAUCGGAGCAUACAUCUACUACCAACUUCAAUCUCUUGAUGCGACAUUGUCUAGUGCUGAAGUAAUCACACAAUCCGCGUAUCUUCAGACAGCAUACACUAUUGCGCAAGCAAUUUCAUCUUUACUAUGGGGCGUGGUGUCGGAUUCUCCCCGAGGAGGAAGGAAGCUCGUUGUGCUAACGAGUUUAUCGGGAUCAUUUAUAAGCUGUUCGCUAUUUGGCUUCAUCACUAGCUUCAAGCAGGCCGUAUUGCUUCGUGUAUUUGAGGGAAUAACCAAUGGGAACGUUGCCAUGGUGAGGACAAUGGUCUCUGAAGUUGUUCAGGAGAAGCGUUUCCAAGCCAGGGCCUUUGCACUCUUACCAAUUGCCACUCGUAUGGCUAUAAUCAUCAGUCCGCUCGUGGCAGGUUGGACUGUUCAGCUAGAAACAACAGGCCAAGAUGAUAGUUUUGUAAGGAAACACCCAUAUGCUCUGCCGGCGUUGCUUAACGCUGGCUUCUUGCUUCUGCUAUUGCUUGCCGCAUUUCUAUUUCUCGAAGAGACAUCGAAAUCUCUAAGAGGUCGAUUCGAUCCUGGAAUUGCCAUCUCAAAGAAAAUUAUUUCUUUGUUCCGCUUGAACCCAUUCAAAAAGUCGGAAGACGCUCACUACUCACGCAUCAACUCAGAAGAAGAUGAUGGGGAAGAGAUGGGUUUCAUAAAGGAGGCUGAUGGGGACGAUCCGUCUGGCGCUUCCACGCCCCCUGACGUACCUAACGGACCGAGUGAAAAGAACUUGAGACUCCCAACGCGUCGCAUUUUCACAACUAACAUGCUGCUGGUCCUAAUGGCAACUCUCCUCUAUGAACUACAUCUGAACAGCGUCAGUGUUGCCAUGGCCAACAUGUUAGUUGAUCCUGUUUCUACCAAGGAAGCCGAACUAUCAAGGACUCUGCCGUUCCGUUUUGGGGGUGGCGCCGGCUUUAGGCCGAAGUCUCUUGCCUGGUACUCCACGGUGUUUGGGAUUGUCGGUAUUCCCAUGCAGAUCUUUGUUUACCCCUGGCUUAAUCAGCGCUUUGGCUGUUUAGGACUUUGGCAACUGUUCUACCUCGGGUUUCCCCUGCUUUACUUUGCAUAUCCUUAUGUUGCCAUCAUUCCAUCUUCUACUCCGCCACCGUCGGAAAAGACUGGCGUGGCGGUGUGGGCUUUCUUGGUGUUUAUCCAGACCUCAACAUCACUCAUUACGAGUGUGGUGACGCCCUCACAGCUCUUACUGGCAAAUUUCUCCUCGCCCCAUCCAUCGGCGUUGGGAAGAACCCAUAGCAUCACUUUCUUCACAUCGAUGGCGGUUCGAGCUGCUAGUUCAGCCUUGGCAGGAAAUUUGUACGCUUUUGGGUCGACGCACAACUUGACUGGAGUUAUAUUUUGGUCCAGUAGCGCUGUAUCACUUGUAGCUAUCGUUCUUACGCGAUUUGUAAGAGAAGGAAAUGGCCAUGAGAUCAAGCUCCCGGGAGAGGAGUAA